AUGGCUCGAAUGAACCACGCAGCUCCUGUGGAAGUCACAUACAAGAGCAUGAGAUUCCUCAUUACAUGCAAUCCAACAAAUGCAACCUUAAACAAGUUUAUAGAGGAACUUAAGAAGUAUGGAGUUACCACAAUAGUAAGAGUAUGUGAAGCAACGUAUGACACUACACUUGUAGAGAAGGAAGGCAUCCAUGUUUUUGAUUGGCCUUUUGAUGAUGGUGCACCACUGUCCAACCAGAUUGUUGAUGACUGGUUAAAUCUUGUAAAAAUUAAGUUUUGUGAAGAACCUGGUUGUUGUAUUGCUGUCCAUUGUGUUGCAGGCCUUGGGAGAGCUCCAGUGGUUGUUGCCCUAGCAUUAAUUGAAGGUGGAAUGAAAUACAAAGAUGCAGUACAGUUCAUAAGACAAAAGCAGAGCGGAGCUUUUAACGGCAAGCAACUCUUAUAUUUGGAGAAGUAUCGUCCUAAAAUGGGGCUGCGGUUCAAAGACUCCAAUGGUCACAGGAACAACUGUUGCAUGCAAUAAAACUGGGAUGCCUGAUGCGACUGCC